AUGGCAACUCCGGUGGCGGCCUACCCGCGGACCCGUCUCACCGUCACGCGAUUGCUGCGACCUCGUCCGCAACGCCUCGAUACUGCCCACCUGUGCAGGAGGUGCCUCUCGGUGCAACAAAAACGGCAGCAACAUGCUUCGGCAGAGCCCCGACGGCCCAAUUCCCCGGUCUUCCUGGAAAGAGAUGAGCUGUUCAGCCAGCGCCACAUCGGCCCGUCGCCCCAAGACGAGGUGCAGAUGGUAAAAGCAUUGGAUCCGCCGGCGAAGGACCUGGACGAUUUCAUCCGCCAGACUCUCCCCCCAGACAUUCUCGCCGGAGGGGAAUUGCGGUUGAAGAAUGGGUUCAACAAGGACAACACACAAGGCGUUCAUGAGGUUGGCAUUGAGAGAGAACUGCUCACUCUGUCCCACGAAAACAAGAACUACACCACGUUCAUAGGCACGGGGUACUAUGGCACCAAUACCCCGAGCGUGAUUCAACGGAACGUCCUCGAGAGUCCUGCGUGGUACACAAGCUAUACCCCUUACCAGGCCGAGAUCAGCCAAGGUCGACUGGAAUCGCUGUUGAACUUCCAGACUCUCGUGACGGAUCUCACUGGCCUCACCAUUGCCAACGCAUCCGUACUCGAUGAAGGCACCGCGGCGGCAGAGGCAAUGACUCUGUCGAUGAAUGCACUGCCUGCAUCGCGACAGAAGAAGCCAGGCAAGACUUUUGUGGUCUCUGAUCUCUGCCACCCUCAGACCAUCGCUGUUUUGGAAUCCCGGGCAACCGGCUUCGGCAUCAAUAUUGUUGUGGGAGAUAUCCUGGCGUCUGACUUUAAACUGGUCAAAGACCAAGGCGAGAACUUGAUCGGCGUCCUGGCGCAAUACCCGGACACCACCGGUGGAGUUCACAAUUUCCAGAGCCUUUCAGAUAUUGUGCACGCGGCCCACGCCACAUUCUGUGUGGCCACCGAUUUGCUUGCGCUUACUUUGCUCAAAGCCCCAGGCGAGUUUGGAGCCGAUGUUGCAUUUGGCAACGCCCAGCGGUUCGGUGUUCCUUUGGGUUACGGUGGACCCCACGCGGCCUUUUUCGCCUGCAGUGAAAAGCACAAACGGAAGAUCCCUGGUCGACUAGUCGGCGUGUCCAAAGACCGACUGGGUAAGCCUGCUCUCCGACUGGCACUCCAAACUCGGGAGCAGCACAUUAGGAGAGAGAAGGCGACCAGCAACAUCUGCACGGCGCAAGCUCUGUUGGCGAACAUGAGUGCCUUCUAUGCCAUUUACCAUGGUCCUCACGGCCUGAAAAAGAUCGCCAAACGGAUAUGGGCCAUGGCCAAAUUCGCCCAAGCAAUGCUGGAGCGAAAUGGGCUGAAGGUGGUCAACCAAGGUGUCCGCGAAGAUGGCGCCGUGCUCUUUGACACGGUCGUCGUUCAACCGACCACCGUACAGGAGUAUCAGGAGAUUCUGCAAAACGCACAAACGAACCACGUCCUCCUGCGAACCGAUGUCCCUGGAAGCACACCCGAAGCCCCACUAAUUGGAUUCUCCCUCGAUGAGACAGUCAACAGCACAACAUUGAUGAAACUACUGCGGUGCUUUGGGGUCAAAGACAAUGAAUUCCUUGCCGGGUUCUCCGAGUCGGACGUGAUCGCGAAAGUGAACGACGACACCCUCCCGAAAGACUUGCAGAGGCAGACACCUUACUUGACUCAUCCUGUCUUCAAUCAACAUCACUCGGAGACUGAAUUGCUGAGGUAUAUCCAUCACUUGCAAUCCAAAGAUUUGUCUCUCGUGCACUCAAUGAUACCGCUGGGAUCGUGCACGAUGAAACUCAAUGGUACGACCGAGAUGCUGCCGGUGUCCUAUGCGGGCUUCUCCAAAAUCCACCCGUUUACUCCGAUCGAUCUGGCGGGAGGAUAUCAAAAAUUGAUCAAACGGUUGUCCACAGCCUUGGCCUCGAUUACCGGCAUGCAGGAAGUCAGUCUGCAGCCGAAUUCGGGUGCCCAGGGAGAAUUCGCCGGGUUACGAGUGAUCAAAAAGUACCUUGACAGCAAGGACAGUUCGAAAAAGAGAAACAUUUGCCUCAUUCCUGUCUCGGCACACGGCACAAACCCUGCCUCGGCUGCCAUGGCGGGGAUGAAAGUGGUGCCGUUGAAGUGUGAUACCAAAACCGGCAACCUAGAUUUCAAGGAUCUUCAAGAGAAAUGCGAAAAGCACAAGGAUGAAUUGGCGGCAAUCAUGAUCACCUACCCAAGCACGUUUGGCGUGUUUGAACGGGGAAUCAAGGAAGUGUGCAAGAUUGUGCAUGAGCACGGAGGGCAGGUUUACAUGGACGGCGCCAACAUGAACGCUCAGAUCGGGCUUUGCAGCCCGGGUGAAAUCGGUGCCGACGUGUGCCAUCUCAACCUCCACAAGACUUUCUGCAUUCCUCACGGCGGAGGAGGGCCAGGUGUAGGACCGAUUGCGGUGAAAGAACAUCUGAGGCCGUUCCUCCCAAUGCAUCCUCAUGCCGAUCCUCACGCAGGCGCAGGCACGAAUCGUGCGACGACGGCCAUUUCUCCCGUCAGCUCUGCGCCCUGGGGUAGCGCAUCCAUCCUUCCGAUCAGUUAUGCGUACAUUCAGCUCAUGGGAAGCACGGGACUCAAACACGGCACGGAAAUUGCUUUGUUGAAUGCCAACUACCUCAUGUCACGGCUCCGACCUCACUACCCCAUUCUUUACACCAACGAAAACGGUCGGUGCGCGCACGAAUUCAUUCUGGACGCCCGCCAGUUCAAAGAGACGGCCGGGGUUGAAGCCAUCGACAUCGCCAAGCGCCUUCAAGAUUACGGGUUCCAUGCGCCUACGAUGAGCUGGCCGGUUGCAAACACGCUCAUGAUCGAACCGACGGAAUCGGAAUCGAAAGAAGAACUGGACCGCUUCUGCGACGCGCUGAUUGAAAUCCGGAAAGAGAUUAAGGCCAUUGAAGAUGGCGAGGUACCACGAGAAGGCAACGUGCUCAAGAUGUCACCACAUCCGGCGGUGGAUCUCAUGAAGGAUUACUGGGACCGCCCGUACAGCCGACAACAAGCAGCCUAUCCUCUACCAUGGCUUCGAGAGAAGAAGUUCUGGCCCAGCGUGGCGCGGGUCGAUGAUGCGUACGGAGACACCAAUUUGUUCUGUACAUGUACGCCGGUAGAGGGAUAUGAGGAAGAGGGCCUAACCGGUCACCAAGCGCCGAUGCCGACUUGA